UCUUAAAAAUACAAAACAAUACAAAACUUUUCAAAACCUUUUAACGUAAAAUAGAGAAAAACAAAAUAUUAUUGAUUUUAGACAAUUACAAGCCCAAAAUUUGUUUGCAUUAGUAUACAGCAAGUUAUUAUCAGCGCUAAUCCUGUAAGAUAUCAAAAUAAUUUAAUAAUAAACAUAAAUUUUAACAAAGUUCAAAUUUGUAUCAGCAGUAUCAAAGGCGCGAUUAUGUUGACCAUUGACAUUCAAUAUGGCGGUAUGUCGUCAGUGCUGUGCUGUGUCGUGUAGGUAGUUGGGAGGUACCAGCCAACAGUAACCAGCCACAAACAAAAGGAACCCAUGCAUGGCUGUGCUCCGAACCAGCGAGCAUUGAGAACAUCUGAGGAUAUAGUGUACAUUAUUGCAUAUAAGUAAUUUUAUUUUGCAACAUAUAAGUCUUAUUUUGGUGUUAAAAUCAGUGACCUCUGGAGUGUAAUCAAGUGCAAAGACGAAAAUGUGAUUUUGACUUGUAAAUUUGUACUCCCAUUGGAAAGGAAGCUUCAACGCAACACACACUUUUUCUGUGAUAAUAUAUUGGUACAUAAUACUGAGAUUUUCGACUUAUAUACAAAGUGAGAUACUGUUGGAAAUGUCAAGCAAUCCUCAGUGGAAGUUGUUCCAGCCGCCAGAUUCACACUCCCCUUCACAUGAUAUUUUAGAUAUCCAGCCUUCUAAUAUGCAAACAAAACAAGUUUAUCGUAAUGGUACGUUUAGUAGUGAGUACCCCAGUUCACCGAGAGAGAAUUUCAAUAAUGUGCCCAAGUCUAAUGGUGGCAAUAGAUUCAACCUCACCAACUAUAACCUGGAUACGUGCCCCAUUGGUGACUCAAUCGGCGUAUACUCCUCUAGCUCUACCAAUAAUCCACCACAGUACGAUUCAUUGAACCACCCACCAAUAAGGGAAACAGGCAUCAUUGAGAAAUUACUGCAUUCCUAUGGCUUUAUACAAUGCUGUGAGAGGCAGGCUCGUCUGUUCUUCCACUUCAGCCAGUUUGGGGGGAACAUUGACCAUUUGAAGAUAGGCGACCCUGUCGAAUUUGAGAUGACUUACGACCGCCGCACGGGCAAACCUAUCGCAUCGACUGUCACCAAGAUAGCCCCUGAGGUGGUGCUCAGUGAAGCCCGGGUCACCGGCGUCGUGACCACAGAGGUCAAAGGUGAAGGCUCCGGAGAUAAUACGGGAAGGAUCUCAUAUGAGAACAGAGGCGAAUGUUUCUUUCUGCCUUACACAAAGGACGAUGUUGAGGGAAACGUCACCUUACGGACUGGGGAUGCAGUGAGCUUUCAAAUUGCUACUAACCAAAGAGGCACCCUCGGGGCGUGCCACGUACGCUUCGAGAACCCCGCACACCCGGUGAAAUACCACGGAGUGGUUUGCUCGAAGAAGGAGAACUUUGGCUUUAUCGAGCGCGCGGACGUCGUCAAGGAGAUCUUCUUUCACUACUCCGAGGCGAAAGUCAAAGAGGAACUAGCUCUGGGCGACGACGUCGAAUUUAUCAUUCAGACUCGAAAUGGCAAAGAGGUAGCGUGCAAUAUCACAAAGCUGCCCAGUGGCUCAGUGGUGUUUGAGGACGUCAGCCCUGAGAUGAUGCGCGGGCAAGUACUGAAGCCUCUCGAGCGCGGACCCGUUUACCGGACGAGCGAUCCGCUGCCGGGCCGGAUCCGGUACCGUGCGGCGGAUCACUCUGAAGUUGAGGUGCCUUUCGGCGACAAAGACCAGAUCGGCGAGUUCACACUGCGCCACGGCGACUGGGUGCAGUUCCAAGUGGCCACGGAUAGGCGAGACCAGCUCAAGCGCGCGACCAACAUAUCGCUGCUCGACGAGUCCUUCAAUGUGUCUGGAGAAAGGAGGGAGCAAGGCGUGGUCUGCCUGCUGCGGAACGGAUUUGGGUUCAUCCGUUGCGCGGAGCGCGACCAACGGAUGCCUUUCCAAUUCCACGAGGUUCUGCGCCAGGGGCAGGAGCUAAACGUGGGUGACGAGGUGGAAUUUGCAGUACACCCAGUGACGACGUUCGCCAACUCGAACACCAGUCAGAGCGCCAUUCGCAUCAAGCACCUCCCGCCCGGCACGGUCAAAUUCGAGACUUUGGUGGAGCGGGGCGUGCGAGGCAUGAUCACGAGGAUGCCGAAUGCAUACCCGAAGAAGACCAGCAGCCCCACCAGAGUUGACCCAACCGAAACUGGUUUAAUAACUUGCCAAAUCAACAAUUCUAAUAAAAACGUCCCGUACACCACCAAGGCGUGCGGGGGCACAACGGGACCACGGGUCGGAGUUAAAGUAAUCUUCGAUCUAUACCAAGUAAAAAGGACUAAAGAGCUGAUUGCUCUGAAUAUCCAGUGCGACUUUACCAACGGCACAUCCAACGAAGCCACCAACCAAAGGCCCAUCCUCAAGGGCUUCAUCGCGGCGCUCAAAGACGGCUUCGGCUUCAUCGAGACUGUUGACCACAAUAAGGAGGUCUUCUUCCAUUUCAGUAAUCUGGAAGGCAACCCAGACGGGCUGGAGCUUGGCACGGAGGUGGAAUACAGCCUGGGGCGCGCCAACGGUUCGGGCGGGGGCUGUGCGAGCGCGGAGUUCGUGCGCGUGCUGCCGCGCGGCACCAUCCCCGUCGCUAAGCCGCUAGAGCCCGAGCUGCACGGCACCGUCACGCGCACGCUGCGGGCCCUUAACCCGGACCAACUCAAGUAUUCAGGUCUCAUCCAAGUAGGCGGUGGGAUGUCAUAUGAGUUCGGAAUAAUGGGAUUGGCCUGCAAGCGCGAGAUCCUGCAAGUGGGCGACCCGGUAACCUUUCAGUCGGACCAAGAGGGCCGUGCAACUAACAUCGUGCCUAUCCGGAAGAAACGACGCGCCACCGUAGAUGCUAUCAAAGGUGGCUUCGGUUUUCUGUCCAUGGAGGCGGAAGACUCGAGGCGACUAUUUUUCCACAUGUCUGAAGUGCGUGGCAACCCUGCGGACUUACAGCCUGGCGACUCGGUGGAGUUCGUCAUGUUGACCAACCCUAGAAACGGCAAGUCCUCAGCUUGCAACGUCGUCAAAGUCGCUAGCAAGCCGGUGAAGGCGCGCUGCGAGCGGCCGGAGCGGCUACUGGCGCGUCUGCGCACCUUGUCGCUGGAGGACGCGGCGUCGCCGCGCGUCUUCGUUGUGCGGCCACCGCGUGGCCCCGACGGCAGCCGCGGCUUCCGACCGCGGCGGCCACUAGCCGACCAACUUGGCGAGUAAGAAGACAAUGACGCAACAAGGCCUGAAAAAAACAAAGCUAUUUUACUGCUACGUAGGUAAACAUCCUAGGUUUGAUUUAAGUUCAAGGAAAGGUAAACUAUACAAAGUGCGGUACACUGCAAGUACAGACGGUCACUAUGCGAUGUAAAGGCGGUGAUAGUGCUGGCAUUCUAGACACUGCCAAGCUGGUAUGACUGAUACUGAUAUUCUUUGUCGCAAUAGUACACAUGCCAGUAGUUUCCAUGCCAGACAUUGGCAAGCUAGCGUUCUCUUUUCACUUGUUUGUAGUUGGCAAGCGGGCAUUUGAUUCCAAAGAUCAUGUUAUUACAAGAUUCCAUGUAAUAUCGACUUUAUCCAUCUGUUAACCAAAUCAAAAUUAUUUUUCAUCACUAAUACACAAACUUUAACUUUUAAAUGUUUUAUUUUUACUUAAAGCAAAUACGUGCCCAUUAUAUUAUCACGUUCUUAAAAUAUGUUUGACAACGAUGUCAAAAUGAUGAAUAAUAAAUCACAGUCCAUUGAAAUAUAUAUAUAUAUAUUUAUUAAAAACAGAUAUAUAAUAACUAUUAAAUUUUCAAUUAUGACAUUUUAUUAAGGAUAGUCUUGAUCUGAUUUCAUGCUACCGAUUCGCGGGGUAUGUUCGUUGAUGUGUUAUGUUUGAUAAAAAAUACUUUUGUAUUGUUUAACAGAUGGUGUGUAGGUCGAUACUAUGGAAUUUUGGAUAAUGUGGUUGAUCCCCUCCCCAUUUCCUUGAAGGGGCAAGAUCAAAUGGUUUACAAUAUCCAAAGUAUUAGCUCAUAAGAGCUACUAGCAACACUUGCACUUGCCAGUAUCUGGCAUGCGAGCUACAUGCAUGUCUACUGUGUAUUGCCGUCAUACCAGAGCGCAAUAACAUUUUUAAUUAAGAGUUUUUAUAAAUCUUUUUGUUGACCAAACUAGUCUAUGAAUGGCGUAUAAUGUUGACUUCUUAUGUUAUGUUUGUAUAAGUAUAUUUUUAGCGAACCGGCGCAUUCAAGGAAAAGAAAGAAAAGAAAAAAAACUUUGAGGCUACUAAGUAAAUUAUGCAUGGUAUCAGUUAUUUAUGUUUAUUUUAUAUAAAUUAAUAAUAAUCUAUUCUAUCCGUAAUCUGGAGAUAAGUUAGUUGGCAACGUUAUCAUUUUUUAAAAACACCAUACUGUUUUGAGAAAUAACAACAUUGCUAAGUAACUUACCUCCAGAUUACAGAUAUGUUAAAUGUUCAAAACGGACGUAAUACAAUAAAGGCGUACCGUGUGCGAAUGCGUUGGUAUGCUAAACACGUCAAAUACGCUUGAAGUUACUGUUACAUUGCCUUCCCUUGUGUAGUUUACCUCGAUCGUCAUUUUGUAUUCACGAGAGACUGAAUUUCUCUCGAAUUGACUUCGAGAGAUCUAAAUUUUGAUUUAUUUCUUUACCAGCAUUUAGAAAAUUGUUUUGUUAAUAGUUCUCAAACUGUGAACUAUAACGAAAGUUCCGUGGUCAGACUUAAAAAGAUUCAAAACGGAAUAAGAAACGCUGAUUCUGUGAAAACUUUAUUUUUAUGUUCGCUAAAUUAUAGUUUGUAAACGAGCAAAGAACAUAUCAAAUGUUUACCCAGUAUGAUAACAUACAUUGCUGGUUAUUGUUUUCUUUUUAUAUUACAUAUAUUUAAUUGAAAUGUGCGUGAGGUUCUUUUUCGCAUACACGUUGUUCAAAAUUCCGCAACCAUUCCUUGAAAAGCUAAUAGGUAUAUGCACAGCUCGCCUAUACACGUUAUAUAAGCAUACAUCAAACGAAGUUUACAUUUAUAGAAUACUAUACCCUAUCGGCGGAAAGAAGUGAGUAUACCGCCCUCUCUGUUACGUAACCCAUACAAAUGAUAGAGGCUAAAAUGUCAGUCCAUCUCCAUUCGAGUCAUCAGAAUCCGAGAAAAGCGGUGGCGCCAACCGUGCCGUCACAGCUGACGUAGUUGCACAUACUACAUCUGGCACAGAAAUGGCCAAGCGUGCCAGGCCGGAUACCUCACCAUCGUGGUCUGAUGACCAGGAGGAUAAGGGAGUGAAACUUAGUCACGUUCCCACUUUGCUGCCACCCGAAUCCGCCGCAUCGCAGAGCCCGGCGAGAAGCCUUCCACCACAAGAGGCACCUCCCAUGGCACUAACCCCAGAAAAGUCCCCAUUACUGGAAGCGCCCCCCUCUGCUUCUGUGUACCUCACCACACAUCUUGAGCCUCCCCGCUCCCCAACAGCACAGUCAACUGCACACUUCGAGUCCUCUAGCUGGCCAAAAGACUCAACCAGCUAUGCAGGACUCGCCUCACCCACUAGCAGAGACGCCAAGCCUGGGGCUCGCGUGUCAAUACCACGACCGGAAGGCAGCUACUCGAAGACAGUGAGCGCCACCAUUAUGGUAUUUUAGGACCAGGAUCACCGACCAAUAUACCAUCCAACCAUCACCACCAGCCCGACGUCUUGGACGUCGUGUUGCCUAUUAUUUGUAUCAGUAGGGUGUUGAUGAUGCGUGCGACGUCGUCCGCAAGGAUUUAGGAUUUAUCGUUUUCAUACAACACGUAAAUUUUGAGAAAGGAAACCAACAUCAUAAGUAUGGUUCACUGUAUCAAAUCGUACUUUUGACUUGACAGUUGACACACAGCAAAUAUGCUGGUAUCUCUGCCAUGCUGUCGACAGAUAUUGUACAAAUAAGUAGUAUUUUUGUUGAGCAAAAAGACCAGUAUAUAUUUACCGGCAAUAUUUUUUUGUGUUUAAUGAAUAUUGCUAUAAUGCGUAAAUUUUGAAAAAGGACUCGCCAUAUUUGCUAUACAUAUGUGUCACCUAUCUGCUUCGGUUACCCAGAUCUUGGAACAAAAAGAAAAAUUCAAAGAACAAAGAUUUAUAUUUAGAUAUUAAACGUUAUCGGAAUAGAGAAUUAGGCCGCAAUUAUACCUGUAAGUUUUACUCACGUGAAUACAGUACGUCAUUGACAGCAUAUUUACUAAGUGUUUACAUUAGUAAAGCCGUAAGUUAAUCAUGUAAUUUACUUAUUUGAGUAAAACUUACAGGUGUAUCUGCAGCCUUAGAUCGCCCCUAUUAUGUUCGCAUCAAAACCGUCGCAAGCAUCGAAAUUUCUGCAAAAUCGUAGCGUGUGUACUGCGGGUUAGUGAGCAAUGUUGCUUAUGCUUCGAAUUGGGGAAGUCCGAUGCGUACGGCGCGUUCGAUUCGACUUGUAAGCUUAGUACGAGUUUGCAUAUCUCGCCAACGGUGCCAGAUUUCGAGUAGCGAAACAAUAUGACUUCAAAGUAAAAUGGACCCAGAACCAAAUUCAACUAUUUGUCAAAAAGAAUAAACAUUGGCUGUCAAUGGUAUUAAUUUACACUUUCCAACGCUAUAAUAGUAACUACAAAUGUCUAUACUCUAUCAUGCUUGUAUUUAAAAUUGAACCUUAUGUCACCGAUGCGACCUUGAAGUUGUUCUGCCCACUUCACAAUUGCGAUUUUAAGAUGAGUAAAAAAGUUAUCAUUUCAGAAAGUAUGCUCUCUAGAUCUCAAUCUAAAUCUGUCCCUUCUUUUUUUUUUUACUUUCGGAGAGCAUAAAUAUAUUUAUAUGUAUUUGGUUUCAUCACUUUCUUGAGAUCGGCCCUUAACGAUUUAGAUAUUUUUUUUAUCUUUGACUUGCCAAGUUUAUAUAUUUCUCAUUGAAAAAAAAAACGAGAAUGUUGGAAAGGUAAUAAAAUAAUUUGGGGAUAAUUAUUACUCUUGCCAUUAUAUCGUUUCGAUGCUUGAAAUCUAUUGGAGUUAUCAAGAUAUGCCAACUUGUACCAAGGGUACCGAUAUGCGAUCAGUUUUAAAGUUAUGUUAUGUACUUGAAUGGAACCAAAGACUGAGAUAAUAUUUAUUGCAAUAAUAAUAUUGGUAUUAGAAGAAUUUAAUUAGCGGUACGUUUAAAAUAGUCGUGAUGUUGAAUGUUUGCGUAGCCAUUAUCAAGUCCUCAAUAUAUAUUUGACAAUCGAUAUCAAAAUGACGAAUAAAAAAUCAAUGAAAAAAAUCAAUCAUGAAUAAAAGUUUUAACAUUAUAAUACUGUUUACAUUAGUAAAUUUGCCGUAAGUUAAUCAUGUAAUUUACUUAUUUGAGUAAAACUUAUAGGUGUAUCUGCAGCCUUAGAUCGCCCCUAUUAUGUUCGCAUCAAAAGCGUCGCAAGCAUCGAGAUAAUAUUUAUUGCAAUAAUAAUAUUGGUAUUAGAAGAAUUUAAUUAGCGGUACGUUUAAAAUAGUCGUGGUGUUGAAUGUUUGCGUAGCCAUUAUCAAGUCUUCAAUAUAUAUUUGACAAUCGAUAUCAAAAUGACGAAUAAAAAAUCAAUGAAAAAAAUCAAUCAUGAAUAAAAGUUUUAACAUUAUAAUACUGUUUACAUUAGUAAAUUUGCCGUAAGUUAAUCAUGUAAUUUACUUAUUUGAGUAAAACUUAUAGGUGUAUCUGCAGCCUUAGAUCGCCCCUAUUAUGUUCGCAUCAAAAGCGUCGCAAGCAUCGAGAUAAUAUUUAUUGCAAUAAUAAUAUUGGUAUUAGAAGAAUUUAAUUAGCGGUACGUUUAAAAUAGUCGUGGUGUUGAAUGUUUGCGUAGCCAUUAUCAAGUCCUCAAUAUAUAUUUGACAAUCGAUGUCAAAAUGAUGAAUAAAAA